AUGAUUAACCAGCACAAUAUUUUAUUCGCUUCAACCGUGCUCUCCUUGCAGAUGGUACUUCUGCGAAAAACCCUGCAGCUUGCUGCAUGCGCUUCCGGUUGUGCCAUAGCCGCCAAGCUCCGUGACGAAGAUCGUUACUGGCGUGUUCAUGCAUUCGUGGCUGAGCGAAGGACCUUCGACGACCACUUUCCUCGCGGACAUUGGGAUGACAACUGGGAUUUCCGAUCUCCGGAGUAUCUAUUAAACAGCAAGAGAUAUUCUGAGGCUUCUGAUCAGGAAAGGAAGAAAAUGGAAGAGGAGACGAAGACGAAAGCUACGAGGAAUAUCAUCUUAAUUCGACACGGGCAGUACUUUAUGGAUUCGGAACGUAAAAAUCUCACUCCAUUGGGUAAAGAGCAAGCUGCACUUCUCGGAAAGCGUUUGGCAGAUUCUGGGAUGAAAUUCGACCAUCUUGUGAUGUCCACAAUGACCCGAGCUACAGAAACUGCGGAGAUUAUUCUGGAGUACUUGCCGUCAUUGAAAAGAUCAUCAUGUUCCUUAAUCGAGGAAGGUCCACCCUAUCCGCCUGUUCCGCCCGUUGAUCACUGGAAACCUCAAUACUCCGAGUUCUUCGCCGAGGGAUCCAGGAUCGAGUCCGCGUUUCGUCGACAUAUCCACCGAGCUCCACCGACGCAGAAAGAUGAUUCUUAUGAAAUAAUAGUCUGUCACGCCAAUGUGAUAAGGUAUUUCGUAUGCAGAGCACUGCAGUUUCCACCCGAAGGGUGGCUACGAAUGUCUCUGGGUAACUGCAGCAUGUCAUGGCUUGUAAUCCGGCCAUCUGGUCGUGUUAGUUUACGAAGCCUUGGCGAUAUUGGUCAUCUUCCGCCUUCAAAAGUUUCGUUUACAUAG